CAUUCAUAUUUCUUUUCUAUAUUACGUCCCAUCACCUCUCUCCCUCUCUCUCUCUCUCUCUCUCUCUCUCUCUACACCACCACCCUUCUCCUUUUCACAACCCAUCAAUCAAUCAACCCAAAAACAGAAACUCUCAAUCUUCCCCCUUAUGGAUCCACCUUCCGGAUCCGCAGAACCACCCGCCCCACCCGGCCCAUCACAACCCACCACCACCACCAUAACAACAAACCAACGGUCUCAAACUACCACCACACAACCACUCAGCAGAUACGAGUCACAAAAACGGCGUGACUGGAACACGUUCUUGCAGUACCUUAAAAACCACAAACCACCGUUAACGUUGUCAAGGUGCAGUGGGGCACACGUCAUCGAGUUUUUAAAGUACCUUGACCAGUUCGGGAAAACUAAGGUUCAUGUUUCUGGGUGUGCUUAUUUUGGUCACCCUAACCCUCCUGCCCCGUGUGCCUGCCCGUUGAGACAAGCGUGGGGCAGCCUUGAUGCUCUCAUCGGACGGCUUCGGGCAGCGUACGAGGAGAACGGCGGGCAGCCCGAGUCAAACCCGUUUGGUGCUAGAGCUGUGAGGAUAUAUUUAAGGGAGGUUAAAGAUAGUCAAGCAAAGGCUAGAGGUGUUCCGUAUGAAAAGAAGAAAAGGAAAAGAGCUGCUGCUGGUGGUAGUGGUAGUGGUGGUGGCAGUUCGUCCGGUGCCGCCGUGAGGGUGGAGGAUGAUGAUGGUGGUGGUGGUGGUGGUGAUGGGGAGGGUGAUGGUGGUGGCAUUAUUUCUAGCAGUGAGGUUGUUGUUCCUGUUACUUCCACAGUAUAGUAUUAUUAUUAUUGCCUUGAACUUCUAAACUGUAUGUAUCUGGCCCUCCUAAAAUCCAACUAUUAUUCUUCACGUCUACAGUUCUACUGGUACACCUUUGACCCUCGUAAUUUCUUGUAAGACCCAUACUUAUAAUAUUUAAAAUUUCUGUACACGGUACAUAAGAUUAACCAAGUUACAUGUUUCACAAAAGAAAGUUAUUAAUGGUUUGAUUUACAUAUUACUAAUUACUAA